ACAGACUUUUCUUUACAGUACAAUCACCAAGAUAUUAAAUGGACGCAGUUGCUCGAACUAUAUGAAUGGGACAUCGGACUGGACCGCACCUCUCCUGGUCUGCGCCGUUUACAUAGAUUAACUUAUGACCACCUACAUCUUACCCCAUCAUUAAGAAUGCGGGUUUACAUGGCUGCACAGAUUUUAAGUAGCUCGGUUGCAAAUGCUUUAGAAGUGUAUGGGGAAGAAACCACCAAAUCAACAGUGAAGUUCAUUCGAAUGUUUGACCAAUUUUUUGAUUGCUUAAAUGUGUCGAACUGUUAUAAGGGAAUCCACAGCAGAAAAGAGGCACUGAAAGAGUACAGGAGUUCUGAUGACUGGCGGUUUACA